GUUCAAGUUUAAAAGAUCUAGCACAAGUUAUAACAGCCUACAUAUAUAUACUGUAGUUUCCAUCCCGUCGGCUCUGAACAGGAAGUAGUAUUGUGCUACCUUCAGGUCACUGUCGAAAAGUUAGUUUUAUAUAGACCCAUUCGUCUUGUUUGUGAGUUGAUUUUGUUGCGAAUAUAAUAACGAAACGGACGCUGUAGCCUACUUCUAUUUACCUUUUUAUACAGUCUAUGCUAUUCACUGAAUAGACGCGGCAAAGUUUCAGUAGCAAAUUACAUGAAGUAAUUGUGUUAGCCCCCGCGACCAUGUAUGCAGGAUAAGCGGUUGACGAUGGAUGGAUGGAUGAAUUGUUAGCAUAUAAAAGCAAAUCGUUGGAAACCUCGCGAGAAUCACGCAAAUCAAUAAUACAAACAAUAAUACGUGAGAUGAUUAAGGAAGCAUAAGAUUUGGGCUCAUAAAGUUUCUGUAUCUUGUUUGGUCUUGUUUUAGUCUUUCACGCCUCGGUUUCUGUUUGUCCUACAUGUUUCCUACAUGUUUUAAUGCAGCACCAGUACUGCCACCUUUGUCAGUGAUUUACAAACACUUUGCUUUAACCAUCGCAACAUAAUGUCUUCUAAAGAGAUGUAUCUGCUGCAUCAUGGACUAAAGCUACCCAAAGAGACUCACGACUUAGAGAGCUUGAAGUUUGCGCAGGAAUUCACGUUUAAAAACGAGGACGUCGUGGCUGUCACUUACCCGAAGUCAGGUACAAUCUGGAUGCAGGAGAUUCUCCCACUGGUGCUGAAUGGGGGGGAUCUGACUCUGAUCCAUACUGUUCCUAACUGGGACAGGGCCCCCUGGCUGGAGGAGAAAAGAUUAGCAGAGGUUGUUGAUCAGUUGAAAUCUCCACGGGCACUGGUCUCACAUUUUCCUUACCACCUCAUGCCACCCUCCUUCCACACAUCCAAAGCCAAGGUGAUCUAUGUUAUGAGGAACCCUAAGGACAUCAUAGUGUCUUCAUACUACUUCCACCAGAUGGCCGGAUUCCUCGAGGAUCCAGGAACCUUUGAUGAGUUCAUGGACAAAUUCCUGGAGGGCAGAGUGCUGUUUGGAAAAUGGACCGACCAUGUGAAGAGCUGGAGACACACAGAGCUGGGAGACAGAAUAAUGUACAUCACAUAUGAAGAAAUGUGUCAGGACCUUCCAGCAGCUCUCAGGCGUAUUUCAGAGUUCCUUGGCCGUCAUCUGAGUGAAGAAUCCAUUCAGAAGAUAGCAGAGCAUUGCUCCUUCAAGAACAUGAAAGCCAACAACAUGUCCAACUUCAGCCUGGUCCCUAAGAAAUACAUGGACCCUGACAAAUCUUCGUUCUUCAGGAAAGGUGUUGUGGGAGACUGGAAAAACCAUUUCAGCUCAGAGAGUCUGGCUAAAUUUACAUCGGUCCUUCGCAAAGAGCUGGGCAGUGAGAGCGUUUCUCUGCCUUGGAGCCUAGACUGACCAACACCGGAACAAAGACAGAGAGGGAAAGAGCUGUAGAAGUCAAAUCAAGGCCCAGACAUAUCAAGCAUUUCAAAAAUUGGUGCUAAUGUUUUAGUUUAAUAUUAGGCAAAUGACUAAUUGAGACUUACAUUUUUUAUAUAACAAACAACUUCUUUAAAGUUAUUGAUUGUAUUAAUAUUUUGUCACUUGAUCUGUCCAGGAGGUAGACAGCAUCUAUGAAAGUUCAUCCUCUGCAGAAAACACAUUCUGUUAAACUGCCAACAAGGAAAUGUUGCUACAACACCGAUCAUUUGGAUCCUUCACGACUGUAAUUGAGCUUAUUGCAGCUUUAUACUCCAGUACCAGAAAACAUUUUGUAGUUGUUCUGCUACUAAACGUGAUAAAUGACGCAAAUUGCUGGCUUCUUGCUAGCUUGCAUGUAAUUGUCUGUUAAGGCAUAAAAGCAGUGCAGUCCAUUUACAAUAUAAGUGUAUGGGAGGGACCAAACUACUUCCUCACAAAUCAAGUGACAAUUUGCAAUACAAACAUGGAGGAAAAACAACCCCUGAUGUCAUAUAAAACAGUGUGAUUACCUAAUUUCACAAUUAUUUUAACAGUUUCAAUCUACCUUUAUUACGGAGUGUAAAUUACCUUUAUUAUGGCCCAGCAUCUCAUAAGUAUUCUGUUAAAGUUAGGUUAUUAUUUGGCUCAUUAUUUUAGAUAUAAAGGUCGAAGCUUUCAUUUUGAAGACCUCUUGCCAGAAAAGGAAAAAUUGGUACGAUACAUCAUCAAGUGUGUCUGUUUACCAUUAACCGAAAUGAGCUGUCAUCCAGGCUGUGUGCGCGCAGUCACGGAGUAAAGCGCUGGUCGGGCACUUGUCACAGUCACAGAGCUGGACAGAUGCAAACAUUUAGAAAAUCAGGCAAAUAUCUUUUCAGUUCAAGGCUUUAUUGUUCUACUAAUACAACUGAAAUCUAGUGAGUG